AAUUAAAUGUCAAAUUAGUGACUAAACAAUCACUAUGAUGUCAGUGUACUUUAUAUGAUUUUGUGUGUAGUUUUUCUUGAAUUUCGUGGAUAUGGAAGGGUCUCUUAGCAAAUGGACUAAUGUUAUGAAGGGAUGGCAAUACAGAUGGUUCGUGUUAGACGAUAAUUCUGGUCUGCUGUCCUAUUAUACGUCGAAAGAAAAAAUGAUGCGCGGUGUUCGGAGAGGAUGCGUUCGGUUGAAAGGAGCAGUGAUCGGUAUAGAUGAUGAAGAUGAUAGUACAUUUACAGUCACAGUAGAUCACAAAACCUUCCAUUUUCAGGCCAGAGAUGCCGAAGAAAGACAAAAAUGGGUGCAAGCGCUGGAAGAAACUAUUAUAAGGCACGGUAAUAGGAUGAGAUAUGAAACGCAUCAUCCCUCGCCGACUAUCAGAGAUUUCGAUAACAAAGUAUCUGAAGCCGAUGCAUAUCUACAACUCAUGAUUGACCAAACUAGGAAAUUAGAAGAUAGAAUAGCCAUCAUUACCGACUCUGAUGAAAAAGUUAAAUGCCAGGUUAUAUUAGAUCACGCAAAUAUUAUGUUGGAUAACAUCAAACAUUCUAUAGUGCUACUACAAAUAGCAAAGAAUACGGCACAUCCUGUUAAUGGAAUAUACCACCAGAGACCAAGUACUUCAAACUCCAAUGUUGCCGCAACAGGAAAUGAGACUAUAGCAGGUGAGGCUGUUGUUCAGUCAGGCAUCGAAUUAGGUUCUGAAUGUGUUGAAAACGCCAGGCGGCACAGUAGAACAAUCAAUAACGCAACGUCGUUAAUGGUACCUGAUAUGUCGUAUUCGAGUUCCGAAGGAGAAGACGACUUUUACGAUGCUAAUGAUUCGCCGUUUUCCUCUGGUAGCCAACUUCCUUCACCAUCUAGUAUAAGGUCAUUUGAUAAUGACACCCAAAUUCCAGUUCCUGUUAACAAAUCAUCUAUUGAUUCAAUCGCUAAUAACAUCAGACAAGAUAGUAUUAGAUCCAGAUCAACAAAUUUCGAGGAUCUAGAUUACGAUGCAUUGUAUGAAGAAAACGACGAAAAUAGCUUAGAAUUGGAAAGCCAUGGAUCCGUUAUUCGACAUCUCCUGUCACAAGUGAAGAUAGGAAUGGAUCUUACUAAAGUAGUUCUACCGACGUUUAUAUUAGAAAGACGAUCGUUACUGGAGAUGUACGCUGAUUAUUUUGCUCAUCCAGAUAUGUUUCUUAAUAUUCCGAACAUCAAAGAUCCCAGGGAUCGUAUGGUACAAGUAGUCCGGUGGUAUUUAUCAUCGUAUCAUGCUGGAAGAAAAAGUACCGUAGCAAAAAAACCUUAUAAUCCAAUUUUGGGAGAAGUAUUUCGAUGCCAUUGGGACGUCCCCAAUGUAGAUAACGGCUCGGAUGACAGUUUAGUUGACGACGGACCUAUACCGUGGUGCAAGAAAUCCCAACUCACAUUCGUUGCCGAACAAGUAUCCCACCAUCCACCUAUUUCUGCAUUUUAUGCCGAACAUUACAACAAACGCAUCAGCUUCAAUGCUCACGUUUACACGAAAUCCAAAUUUCUUGGUCUAUCGAUAUGCGUCUACAACAUUGGACAAGGUAUUGUUAACGUCAUAGACUACGACGAAGAAUAUAUCUUAACAUUCCCAAACGGAUAUGGUAGAUCGAUAUUAACUGUACCUUGGGUUGAACUGGGAGGUACCGUUACCAUAAGUUGUCCAAAAACCGGUUAUAAUUGUAAUAUCGAAUUUAUAACAAAACCAUUUUAUGGUAAUAAAAAAAAUAAGAUUACUGCUGAUAUUUACGGACCGGAUGAGAAGAAGCCAUUUUUGACGGUAUCCGGAGAAUGGAGUGGCGUCAUGGACUACAAGUGGACUGACAGAGAGACUGAAGAACAUGUAGACGUAAACCAAUUGAGUAUAAUAAAAAAAUUAGUACGACCAAUAAACAUGCAAGAAGAUAACGAAUCGCGUAAAUUGUGGAAAGAAGUAACUGCCGGUUUGAAAUUUAACGAGAUUGACAGAGCUACAGCUGCUAAGCAAUCGUUGGAACAAAAACAGAGAGACGAAGCGAGGGAAAGGAAAGAAAGCGGACAGGAAUGGCAAACUAGGUUAUUCUACAAAUCUGGAGAAGAAUCAUACACAUAUAUAAAGCCUUUAAAACAGAGGAUAUCAUCUGGCCAAUCAACGAACACUUGAAAAUACGACACAACUCGUAUUUGUUACGAAUAAUAUUGUGCUUUUUCUAAACUUUCCUGACAGAAAAACUACUUUCGCCUGAGUUAUUAUUGUUAGUGAACUGUGAUACAUAUUAUAUGCAUGAGAGAUGUAUUUUUUAAAUAAAUCGCUUGGGUUGAGCAGAGCGAUUAAAAAAUACACGAAACAGAGUUUUAUGAGGUUUUUAUACACUGAAUCGGUGAUUGAUUUCAUUAUAUUUUAGUUUAGUGGGAAAAUGGGAAAAUACAACGGUGUAUCAUAAAUUGUUAAUUCUAUCCUCCAGAACAUCGCAUUUUCAUCAAUUAAUCCUUAAUAUUUAAGAGUUUAUUGUUUUUCUCUAUUAAUAAACAUUUAUAAAGUAUUAA